CAUCUUCUUUUAAGUUUUAACCUCCACACCGCCAGCCACUCUGUCAACAGUUUGGAGUCGUAAAAUCUGAGCAAAGCUAACAACUAGUUGCAGUUAUAUCAUCACAACGUGCCACGGCCCCAUUCUCCUCCCCCAUACCAAUCUUCUACAUACUCUCACUUUCCUAAACCCUACACUUCGUAUAUCCUUUCCUCUCUCUCUUUCUCCAUUUCUCUGUUUAGUAUGUUUCUCUAAUCGCUGGUGCAUAAACAAACAAACAAACAAGAAUGGCGGAAAAUUCAUCUACAGAAGACUUAAUCUGUUUACAUGGAGAUUUGGAGCUUCACAUCGUUCAAGCGCGUCAUUUACCCAACAUGGACUUAACUUCCGAGCGUCUUCGCCGUUGCUUCACCGCCUGUGAUGUCUGCCGGAAUCCUCCGACUGACUCCACCGCCGCCGACCACGACGGAGACUAUGACGUUCCCAAUGUAAAGAAAAACCCCGAUCAAAAAAUCCAUCACCGGAGAAUAAUCACUAGCGACCCUUACGUCACUGUGUCGGCACCUCACACUGCCCUCGCCCGUACACGUGUCUUACCCAACUCCCAAAACCCUGUUUGGGAUGAACAUUUUCAUAUCCCUUUAGCACACCCUAUCGACUGCUUAGAAUUUCGCGUUAAAGACGAUGACGUUUUCGGUGCUCAAGUUAUGGGUAAGGUUAGAAUUCCGGCCGAAAAAAUCGCCACCGGUGAGAUUAUUUCCGGCUGGUUUUCCGUUAUUGGCGCUUCAGGAAAACCUCCUAAACCUAACACGGCUCUUCAGCUAUGGAUGAAAUUCGUUCCAUAUGAUACAAACCCAUUGUACAAGCAAGGUAUUGCUUCAGAUCCUCAACAUUUAGGUGUAAGGAAUACGUAUUUUCCGUUGAGGAAAGGGAGCUCAGUGAAGCUGUACCAAGAUGCUCAUAUAAGCAAUAGUUUUAAGCUUCCGGAAAUUGAGUUGGAAAAUAAUAGAGUGUAUGAAAACAAUAGAUGUUGGGAAGAUAUAUGCUAUGCAAUUUCAGAGGCCCAUCACUUGGUUUACAUAGUUGGGUGGUCUGUUUUUCACAAGAUCAAAUUGAUUCGAGAGCCCACUAGGCCAUUGCCGCGUGGCGGUGACUUGACACUUGGUGAAUUGCUUAAAUAUAAGUCCCAAGAAGGGGUGCGCGUUCUGUUAUUAGUUUGGGAUGAUAAAACUUCCCAUGAUAAGUUCUUUAUUAACACGGCGGGAGUAAUGGGAACUCACGAUGAGGAGACCAAGAAGUUCUUUAAGCAUUCCUCUGUGAUCUGUGUUUUGUCGCCACGUUACGCUAGCAGUAAGCUUAGCAUUAUCAAGCAACAGGUUAACUUUCAUAACCACUUGCUCAUUUGUUAGAUUUAAUGUACCCUGACAUCGUUUGAUUGCUGACUUCUCAAGUACCUGUGAAGUUAUUGCCUCUUAAACCAUUUCAUUUCAAUAGUUUGCAUUCAGAAUCAGGCAUUCGAUAUGACGGAGAGUGUUCUUUUUGAUGAAUUGAUAGAAAAUAUUCUUGUAAGUUUGUGGAAGAAGAUAGGGAUCAAGGAAGAGCUGAAAUGGUUCAGCAGAACAGCAUAAUAGAUGAAUGUUUGCCUUGUGUUGCUUGACACAAUAUUGUCCUGAAUGAGUGGACUAAAGAAAUAUAGUUCUUCUAAAGCAGCAGAACUUGAGGUUUUGAUAGGCUGUGUGAAGCUAAAUUUUGUUUGGAUUGCAUAAAUGUUCUCUUCUGAGAGGCCCUUCAAUGUUUUACAACAACAACAACAAAAAACCCAAUAUGUUCCCACCAGGUGGGGUCUGGGAGGGUAGUCUGUACGCAGAC